CUGCCUGCAACCUACGUCUGCCGCUCCUACCACCUUCGUAUCCCUCCUCCACAUCAUUCACCCACGCCGCUCACCCACUUUCCUUCCCACCCUUCCCCUCCUCUCCUCUCCCCUCCUCCAUCCUCAAAAAAUCACUCCCUUACCUUUGCUUCCACUCCUCCAACCAUGUCGGGCGUCGAUGACGUUCAAAACUCGACUGUCAAGCAUAAGCAACCGUAUACUACUCACAACCCCAUUCCAACCGUCCAAGGCUACCGCGAGGAGAAAAAGCAGCGCGAGGAGCAAUAUGGCGUCGGUGCAGGACACACCGGUCACGAGGAAGAUGACAGGACCAAGCUAGGCCGAUUGGGCGAUGCGUAUACCGCGCUCAGGCAUGGGAAGGAAGCCUUGAACCCUACCGAGGAAACGCAGCCAUACACAGCCGAAAACAAGAACUUCGGAGGCAACGAUGAUGAGAUAGCCGAUGAUCACGCCGGGCGGGUGGAUCCGAAUCAAGCCACCGACGAACAGAAUGGAGGCGAUAACGACGACGAGGAACUCGACUCGGAAACCGCUGAAGAUACCACCGAGGGCAUGCUAGCAUCGCAGGAUCCGAAGGAGGCGCGCAAGUCCAUGAAGAAAUGGAGCGCAGAUGGCACGGAGCGACAGGUCACGGAUCCUGUCACUCAUCUCCCCAUCAAGAUUCACGACUUCACCACCAAAGACCUCAAGAUGACGCCCAAGAAUGGCCCACCCGCGGGGACGGAGCCCAACUCUGCUACAGGCGCCGCAGGAAAGGAGAAGGACUACGAGCAACUCGCUGACGAAGCUGACACUGCAAAUGAAGCCCACGAGUCCAUGGAGUCUUUGUUCCCACCACCAGACUUCCAAAUGACCCGCGAAGGCAUCACCGACGCGUACCGGAAGGCCAUGACUGCGGGACUAGGACUAAUUGGUUUGAGUUUGACUGCUGUGGUCGCGAUUUUCCAGUUUACGCGCUACGCCCAGGGCUGGUCGAGAUUUGUGUUCGCUGUGCUGGAGAUUGGCGUAUGUGUAGGAGUUUCCGCUGGCGUGGUUGUGGGCAUGCGGCAGUGGACUGAGAACAAGAUCAACACAGUGUGGGAGACGGAGGUGUGGCAGGCAGAGAGGCAGCUAGGGAAGAAGUUUGCCAAGAGCAGGACCGCCGAGAGUGCGCAAUGGCUCAAUUCUUUGCUUGCUUCAGUGUGGCCGUUGAUCAAUCCGGACCUCUUUACAUCUAUCUCAGAUACCCUCGAAGACGUUAUGCAGGCCAGUUUACCAAAAAUGGUCCGCAUGGUGUCCGUAGACGAUCUCGGUCAAGGCUCCGAAUCGCUACGCAUUUUGGGUGUCCGAUGGCUUCCCACCGGUGCAGCUGCGCGAUCGGUAGAUGAGGACGGUAAACUCAAAAAUGCUGACGCCAAAACCGGCGAUAGGACUGUGUCCAACGGAGGAGAUGUCGGGGACGACAACGACGAAGAUGAGGAUCAGAAUAUGGCUCAAGGGAUGGAGGGCGAGGAGGGCGAUUUUGUCAAUGUAGAAGUCGCCUUUGCCUAUCGGCCAUCCACCGGGCGGAAAGGCAUGAAGGAGCGUGCUAAGAACGCCCACCUUUACCUGGCCUUCUACAUGCCUUCCAAUAUCAAGUUGCCUGUUUGGGUCGAGCUCCAAGGUUUCGUCGGUGUCAUGCGAAUGCGCUUGCAAUUGACUCCUGAUCCGCCUUUCUUCUCUCUCUGCACGCUUACUUUCCUCGGCCAACCCAAAGUUGACAUUGCCUGUGUUCCCCUCAUCAAACAAGGUCCCAAUCUCAUGGACUUUCCCUUGAUCUCGCGCUUCGUACAAUCCUCUGUGGAUGCGGCCAUGGCUGAAUACGUCGCGCCCAAGUCGCUCACUCUAGAUCUCAAGGACAUGCUUAUGGGUGAUGAUUUCAAGAAAGACACCAGCGCCCGCGGAGUCAUCAUGGUUACCAUAAAACGGGCAUUCGACUUUAAGGAAGGUGAUGCUUCGAUCGGACCGAUCAAGAAGGGCUCUGCGGACCCAUAUGUCAGCGUUGGUUGGGCCAAGUUCGGAAAGCCGCUCUUCACCACCCGCGUACUGACUAAGAAUAUGGAACCACACUGGGAAGAAACGUGUUUCGUGCUCGUUUCGACUGAUGAGUUGAACGUGGAUGAACGGCUACGACUCCAACUGUGGGAUUCGGAUCGCACAACUGCGGACGAUGACUUGGGCCGUAUUGAGCUAGGUCUCAAGGACCUCAUGAAGGACAACGCUUCCAACGGCAAGAUGAGUGAGCGUGAAGACGGUUUCAAGUCAUUGAAGAAAGGCGAGGGGAUGCCGGGGAAAUUGAAGUGGAGUGUCGGUUACUUCUCCAAGACGAGAAUCACCGACGAGCAGCUCGUUACCCAAGAAGUAGAUCCCGAUGUCAAGGACAUCGAUAAGCUGAAAGAGAAAGUGUUCGAGCAGAGCGAGAAGAAGCUUCGAGAAGCCAGCAAAGAUGAGAGCGCUGAGGUUGAGCAGCAGAAAACCCAAGACUUCAAGGAACGCCAGGAUGAACUCAUCAUUGCCUCGCCUCCCUCUCAGAACUAUCCAUCCGGAAUUCUCAGCAUUCAAAUUCACCAAAUUACUGGUCUCGAGCUCGAAACACUCAACAAAAGCAAGGCGUCGAAGAACGAGCAAGCCAGCGACGAAGAGGAAGAAGGAGAAGACCUUCCUUCGGCGUAUUGCACGAUUAUACUCAACCACCAGAAAAUUUUCAAGACGCGAACCAAGCCAAAGAAUGCGAAGCCAUUUUACAACGCGGGCUGCGAACGCUUCAUUCGCGACUUCCGUAACAGCGAGGUCCACAUUUCCGUCCGCGAUGCACGUCCGCACGAGAAAGACCCGCUGCUCGGUAUGAUCUAUCUCCCUCUUGCGCGGGUUCUCAAACACCGCAGCCAGAUCAACGCCAACUUCCCCCUGUCUGGCGGUGUCGGGUAUGGACGGGCCCGCAUUUCGAUUGUUUUCCGCUCAGUACAACUGCAAGCGCCGCAGAGUCUGCUUGGAUGGGACUACGGAACCAUAGAGCUCAACCCUGUCGUCAAGGCUAUAGACAUUCCUUCAGACCUCAAGAACAUGCGCAUGAAGAUCCGCACCAACAUCCAACGCGCCAAACUUCACUCUGGCGCAGAAGACGACAACCUGAACCAGCACGAUGGCCACACGGUCUGGAAGUCGAAGAAGAUGAGCCGUCUAAUUCGUCUCGCGGUACGCAAACGCUACGCCUCGCCGCUCGUCAUCGAAUUCCGCAAAGAGUCGACGCUCUCCGACCGCACGCCCGCCUUCGGCGUGCUCUGGCUCAGAGACAUCUCCGACAACGAAGAGCAGUCGGUCCGCGUGCCCAUCUGGAAAGGAGACCUCAACCGCGCGGAGAACAACAUCCUCGACUCGUACGGCGAGCGCGUCGGCGAAGUCGAGCUCAACCUCACCUUCUGGAGCGGCCUCUCUGGCUACCACGCCAAGCUCGCGAAAAAGGACCGCCACGUCGCCGACGUCAUGGAAGUCCUAGACGUAUGCAACGACAGCGAGAACAUCGACUGGGACUCGGACUCGGACACGGGCGGGGCCUCGAUCCCAAACCAACCCUCCAAAUCCCCGUCGGCUAGCUUCGACGACGAAAACGACUCUUCUUCUUCUUCUUCUUCCUCGGACGACGACGACUCGGACUACGACUCGGAUACCUACUCGCAUUCCCGCGUCUCCUCGCAAACAAGCAACAAAAACUCUUCAAAGACAUCGCUCGUCCCUUCCUUCCUCAAACGCAGCGGCUCGUCCUCCCUGGAUAAAGACGGCAAACGAGGCGCCAUUGACUCGCUGCGCGAGUACAAGAGUAACCAGAAGCAGCUGCAUCGCAAGAACCGCGGCGCCAUGCAGUGGAAGGCUCCUAGGACCCUUGCCUACGUCAAACAUCUUGCUAGGCGUGGGGAGAAUAAGGUCAGUGGCGCUUUUGGGCAUCGCGAGGGUGGCGGUGGGGGGAUUGAGACGGAGGCUUAGGGUUUCUGCGUGUUUUUGUUUUUGUUCGUUUGGAUUGUUUGGUUGGUUUUGUUGGUGUGGGCGUGGUUGGGUUGGGUUGUUGUUGUUGCUUGUGUGAUGAUGAUGACGAUGAGAUAACGACUGUACACGCACUGCCAGGGGAUUUGUCUUUAACCAGAGGAGAAAAUGAUUGGGAGAUGCUGGAUCCCCCCUUUUUUUUUGUCAAGAGGAGACUCUGGCAAAAGGAGUUUUUGCUUGUUCUUCUUUUGCUAUCUUUUGUCCUCCUUUUUUUAUAUUUGUUUAGGUUUAGCGGGAGUUGUUU